AUGGUCUCCUUUUCUCAUUUAAUGAUCAGCGCUCUUGCUGCUGUUGCAUUCGCUGGCGAAGCUCCAGAAAACACAGACUCUCCAAGAAACAUUGUUGCCAAGGCACAUCUCGAUAACAAAGACGUUAAGGGUGUGAUCGAUUUUUCCGCCAAGAAUGGAACUGUUAAGGUUCACGUCGACGUGACUGGUCUUCCUGAUGAAGGCGGCCCAUUCUAUUAUCACAUUCAUAAGUCGCCAGUUCCAUCUAACGGUAACUGUGAAGCUACUGGUACUCACCUUAAUCCUUACAACGCGCCACUUGAUGACUGUGAUGCAUUUGACGAUGACGCUUACUGUCAGGUGGGAGAUCUCUCUGGAAAGCAUGGUUUUAUCAACACUACUUGUUUCGAAACCACCUACUACGAUCCUUACCUUUCUUUGAAUCCUAAGAACAAGGCCUAUGUCAUCGGCCUUUCCGUCAAUAUUCACUUUGCAAACAUGACCAAAAUCACUUGCGGUAACAUUGUGAAGACCAAGGGUAAAUUCAGAAGAUCUGAUAGCGACGCCUUCUUACUGGACGGAUCUACCUCGUCCACUGAGGAGUACUUCAACUCUACUAUCACCAACUCAACCGCUCCAUCUGCCGCCUCCAACUCUACUAACGGAACUUGGGCGGCUCUGGAAUCCACUUACUGUGGAGAUGCUUACAUGAAGAGCGCUGGCUACACCGGAAUGGUUGCUGCUGCUCUCGGUGUGAUUGCCGCCUUGUUCUAG